AUGGAUUCCGAUUCAGAACUGCAUGCAACAGAUACUCUCCGUUGCGAUUCCGAUUCGGAAGAAGAUAAUCAACUGAACGAGAGUGCAUCACUUUCCGAACACAUACACGGUGAAGAAUCCGUAAACCAUGACACCGAAGUUGUUCAACAUCUUAGGGAAGAUACAGUUGUAACAGAAGCACGUGAAGAUCCAUCAGAAGAGCAGGAUUUGCAAAGCAGUUGCUUAAAUAUUCGAAAAUCAAAAUAUACAAACAUUAUUGACAGUGAAUCGGAGGGAGAUGAAAUUGCAACAGAAGUAAAAAGCAAGGAAGUUACAACGAAUGUAAAUGAGGCUCAUCUGAAUCGUUUGAAAUCUUUGCUCGAUUCUGAUUCAGAUGAGCAAAAGGAAAGUGAAACGAAAAAGAAAGCUAAAAAACAGAUCAAACGAAAGCCCAAAGCGUCAUCCAAUGAAACGGAAACACUUUCGGAGUCAGAUAAUGAGGGCUCUGGUGAUGCUAAGUCACCUUUAAAAGAUAAAUUCAAACGAAAGCACAAAAAAGGCACAAAAGCUGUAGAAUCGUCCAAUGAAGUUCGAUCUGCUCGGGAUAUACUUGCCAGCCUUAAUUUGUUUUUCGAUGAUGACGAAGACGAAGUACCUGUUGAGACAAAUUCUGGACUAAUUGAAGCUGGAUCAGCAUCUUCCGAGGAUGACACGAACGAAGGCUUCGAACGAACGAGAACUCCAGUUCGAAAGAUGACAAAUAAACAAGCGAUGGAAGAUAGGCAAAUUAUUCAAAGUGAAUCACAGCGGAUGGCACGAGAAAAGUAUAUCGAUGUGCCGUACCAUCGUACAAAAGUGUUUUCAUUUGAAGAAUUCCGUGCUAGGAAAACAAUUUGUAAGCCUGACCCAUUGCGCGAUUGCACUGGGAGUUCUGUGUCAUCUAACACGUCGAUAAGAAUGACCACGGAACAGUUGGAAGCAUUUGCUAGGAAACUUCAGGAGCGGGAGCUAGAAUCGCAAAAUUUUUUCAAAUCUGAAAGCGAAUCAUCAGGAACCGAUCCUGAAAUCGAUGAUGCAACUGAAAAGAAACCCGAAAGUCAGCAGGAUAAUGUCACGGCGGAAUUACAUGCUGCGAAUGCUCCGAAGGGCGUAGAACAUUCUCAUGGGGAUGCUUGUACCGUUGAGUCGGUGGACGAUCAAAGCUCGUCUGGCAAUAUUCCUCCCGGAACUGAUACUGUCAAUACACCGAGCGAAAAACAGACAGAUCAUAACGAAGAAACAUCGACGGCAAUAAGCGAAGAACAAAUGGAUGCUAUGGAUGAUAUCGUAAAUCGAACGUCUGAUAAUAUGGAGCAAAUGUUAGCGUCUUUUGCAACAGAUGAAACAGUAAAGCAACUAUCAGCGUCGGAAAACGGUCAUGUUGAAGUUGAUUACGAUGCGUUUUUGCCAAAUGCGCCAAAUACGGCGAUAUCAGCUAAAAAGGCGGCCCUAUUGGCUAACAUGAAGCUCUCACCAUGUCCGAAACUUAGUGGCAGUACGGACAUGUUGAUUGAUCUCGACAGCGGUACGAUACAGCCUAAAGAACCGUCCGGGGUUGAUAUUCUUUUCCAGCGAUUAGCAAAGUGUAGCGCAAACGUACGAAAUCCUUCGCCAUCGGCAACUAAAACCAUCAGCAUCUUGAGUACUGAAAAUGGUUGCGUAAUGUUGGACACUGUGCCACUGUUCGCUAAGGAGGAGCGGACGCUGGUACAUAAGGAACCCGUACCUGGGGCGGCAUUUUUGAAACUGAAACAAGUAUUAAAAGAAAAAAUAGACAAUAAUCGUAGAGAUAUGAUUCGGAAGCGGGAGGCUGAGUUUGCCAAGAAAAUGGAACUCGACAAGGCUGAGCGCGGUGACGGUACGGAUGAAGAAGAUGAGGAAUUGUUGGAAGACGAACAAGAGGAUUUGGCGGAUUCAGAUGCAGAAACAAUGUCUAAUGCUGCUAAACAGCAAAAUCAAUUAUUGGAUGAUCAGGCGUUAGAUGAAGAAAUGUCUGAUGCAGAAGGAUCGGGUUCGGAUAAUUCAGAGGACGAGGAAGAGGAAGACGAAGAUGACGAGGAAGAGCAGGGAAUCGGCGAGACUGGUAAAAAAACAGGAAGAAUUAUCAAGGCAUUUGAAGAUUCAGACGAUGAUAUUCAGCCCACGAAUGAUGAAGAUCAGUACAUCGACAUAGAAAAACAGACGCAGCCACCAUCUUCCGAUGAUCAUAAUGUUAUCACCGGAAUGAGCAAUAACAGCGAGCAAAACGAAGAGAACCUUUCAAAGCUUUGGAAAGAUGAUGUUGAUCGAUCAAAUCAACGCGAAGAUGAUGAAGAGGACGAUUUGCUGGCACUCUGUUCGGGACAAUUUGCUUCACAACUGUCCACACAAAAUCAUCCUCCGAUAUUACAUGAUGCUUGUCCCACUGGCGUUGAUUUAAGUCAAGCAAAUGUCGAACCGCUUUACACACAGAAUCAGGAGCCGUUUAGGGAAUCACAACUAAUGGACCUCUGCUCUGGACGGUUUGAAACACAAGCGGAACAAGAAGUAAUUCAACCGAUAAAAGAUACUGAGAAUCUUCCGACGAAUCGUUACGAACAGCAAGAUUCUGUACUAGAUGCUAGUGAUGUUUGUGUUGGGGGUCGCCUGCGGCUUGAUUCAUCCGAUGAUGAAUCGGAACAUCCGAAAACUGGGCCCACGGCCAAAGGCAACCACAAACGCACCACCAAACACAAAAGAAAACAUUUAAACAUAUCCGACGAUGAAGAUGAGAGGGCUGAUGAACAAACGAAACCAGCUGACGACGACCGUGUUGAAGCUGACGAGCAACAGUCCGAUGAAGAUGAUGACUUAGAGGAGGAAGGUGAGCGUUACGUCGAUUAUGAUUCGGAAGAGAACGAAGUAGAAGUUAGGCUGACCAAGAAGGAAAAGGAACUGAUAACUGCUAGAUUUGUCGAGAACGAAGCGGAGCUAUCCGAAUCGGAAUGGGGCAGCGCAGAUGAGGACGAAAAGGGUCUAGAUCGGUACGAUGUGGAAAUGGGCGAUGAGGAGCAGUAUGAUCAGCAGCAGUUACAGGAAGAGCUGGAAAAAAUACACAAUCGUCGAAUGCUGGAUCAGGACGAUCGUGAGUUGGAACAUUUGAAGGAGAUUUUCCUCGAGGACGAAGAAAACGCUGGCGUCGGACGGGUGAGACAAUUCCGAUGGAAAAAUGUGGAGAAAACUUUUAGCCUGGAUUACGAUAAAACUGCUGCACAAGAUGAAGACCCCGAGGCCAACGGCAGUGAUGAGGACACGGAAUUGAACUGGCGAAAGAUGCGGCACGAGAGAAAUUUGUUGCUGAAGGAUAAAAACAUCGACAUCAAUUCGGUUGAUUUGACAGCAACCACGCUAUUGAAUCCUGCGGAUGCAACAGGUAUCACCGAUGAGCAGGAAAACCUUCAGGCGGGUAGUACACCCUGUGGAAAGAAGAAAAUCACAAUCGUUCGGAAAAGCAACAAUCCAUCAACCAUGGCGGUAAAAGAGGAUAAUCCUUUCUUAAUCUCCAAUUCCACCAUCCUGCAGGGCCAUAAGGCAUCGUUUCUCUCCCGCGAUGAAGAAACGCUUAAAAAAUUGGCCAGGCUUAUUCCGGAAACCGAAGGCAGCACUAGUACCAUGUUAACUGCGAAGGCACGGAAUUUUGUGUUUGCUACGCUGAGUCCAGCUGUUGAGAAGUCCUCCAAACGGUCGCUAGAUUCAGAAGAUGUGGAAGUGAAUGCAAACACGAAGAAAAAGAAAACUUCGGGUACUGAGAUUGGCUCGAAGAAAAAGUUGCUAAAUUCUUUGCUUUAG